AUGGACAAAUAUAAGUACCUUAAGUCUUUAAGAGGGAAAAACAUUUUCUCUUUGAAAUAUGCAGAAUCCUUUAAUUUUAAUAGUAUUCAUAAGAACAUAGACAAGCAUUUUAUUUAUACAUACACAAAAAGAAAUAAUUUUGUAAACUAUGUAAAUAUUAUUUAUAAACGUUAUAUUAAAACCAUGGGGGAAAAUAACACAAACGAUGAUUACAAAAAGUAUGAUAAUUGUAUACUACAAAAUGAUAAAAAAAAAAAUAAUUUUUAUGAACAAUCAUUAGAAGAUAUACAAAAAAUAUCUAAUGAUGAAAUAAAAAAUAAUCCAAUAAAUAAUAUUUCAGAAGAAUGUGGGUAUAAGUAUGAUAAGCAUGAACCUACCAUGUUUGGUGAUUGGUCUCAUAAUUGCAGGGUUACAGAUUUUUAA